AUGGUGGGGGCUGUGCGGGCCUCUCCCCUCCCGGCUCGGGCGGACUCUGAGGGCGGCGGCGGCGCUUCCUCCGGCGGCGGCGGCUCCGGCUCCUCACGGGCCCUUCCGCCGCCUUCCCCCGCUCAUGCGCAGUGCGGGCCGGGAGCCCUGGCGGGGGCCGGCCCGUCCCGCUGUGCCCGCAGCGCCGGCAGCGGACGGAGCUCCGGGCUGAGGGGGGGGCACCGCACCGGGGGCUCGGCCCGGGGAGGGAAGCGGAGACCGGGGGUGGGAGGUCCCAGCGGCUCCUCACACCGGCACCGGGUGUUCUGUCGGGAAAGCUCCUUGUACGUUCUUAUUUCUUCAAUAUCAAGAGUUAAGGGUCAGGUGCGAGCGCCUGUGCCGGCCCCGCCGGGCUCCGGGUCGUGGCCGCCGUUCCUGGGGGGCCUGGGCUUGGAAAUGGGGCGAGAUGGGAAAAUCCCUCGGGCCUUCCCGGAUGGAUUCGCGAGGGAGGCUGAGGGACGUUUGCGGAGCAGCCACGGAGACCGGGGGACUGCGAGGCCUCGGAGCAGCACCUUUCGGGCAUCUUCGUACGGGAGCGCCUCCACACCUGAUCAGGAGUAAGAUUAGCCCUUCCUCUCUGUCUUGGAAUUGCCCACUGGACACUGGAGCAGCAACUUUCCUGGAAGAACCUCCAUUUAUGAUUGUUCUUCUCUGAUUCACAUCCAGCAAUUCUAUCAUAUCGUAAGCCAGUGUUACAAAGUACAACAGAAUCAACCUUAGCCCAGCCCCCAGAGGUGAUAAACAGCACAAAGGGAACACACACACCAAGUAAGGCAGUGACGCAAACCUGAGAACAAGAGCAACAACUCUGAGAACAAACAAAUCAACGCUGUGACCAGUGACUAUUAAAUUAAUAUCAUGAAUGUUUACAAUAAAUUCGUUUUACACGC